AUGGAACUCGAGGGAGCUCCGCCGCCGCCGAUUUCCGACAUGUUUCAGAAAUUCGCCCUCGCUUUCAAGACCAAAACCUACGAGCUCUUCGCCGACGAAGACGACUGCACCGCCGUCGACUCCGAUUGCGACGUCACGCUCCUCCUCGACUCCGCCGAAGAAUUUAUCCCCCACCAGAAAGUCGUCGUCAUCAAACCAGACUCGGGCUCGGGCCCGGAGAAUUCGGAUUCGGACUUGAUUCGGGCUUUAAUCCCCUCUCUCUUCGCCACUCUCUCAUCCUUUGAAGCUUCGUAUUUGCAGUUUCAAGCGGCGCAUGUGCCGGAAAUCGACCAGGACGCCCUCGAGCAGGCUGAUAAGUCCAUAGUUUCGAUUCUGCAGAAAUUGACCGAGAUGAAGAAUUUGUACAAGGAAUCGAAGCGAAAGGGGCCGGGGUUGAGUGGCGGUUUCGAAUUCCCUGCAGCGUCGAUUUGGGAAUUUCAGGUGCAGGAGAAUCAGAGCAAGCUCAGGGUUUUGGAGACGAUUGUGAAUACGCAGCAGUCGCAGAUUGAUGUCAAGGAUGACGAAGCAAUCGAAUUGAGGAAAAAUUUGGACAGAAUUAAGGCUGGAAAUUCCGAAUUGAUGCAGAAAUUGGGGUUGAAAGAGGGAGGUGAAGGUUUGGGCUUGGAGGUUAUGCUGACUGUUAGGGUUUUCGAGGCAAUGCUUCGUGAUUCAGUGAAAUCUAUGCGGUGUUUUGUGAAAUUGCUGAUUGAUCUGAUGCGAAGAGCAGGGUGGGAUUUGGAAGAAGCAGCCAACUCUGUUUAUUCAGGUAUGAAUUACACCAGAAAGGGCCAUUUCCGGUAUGCAUUUCUCUCUUAUGUUUGCUUAGGAAUGUUUCAGAAUUUCGACAAAUCUGAUUUUGGAUUAUGCGAUUCUGAGACUAUCAGCAAUGGUAUUGGCACUAAACAAAUCGAAAAUAGUACUAUGAUUGAUGGUGAUUAUCUGAGGCAGUUAAUAGAGCAUGUUGCCAAUAAUCCGAUGGAAAUGGCGAGCAAGAAUCCAAAGUGCGGGUUUUCUCGGUUUUGUGGGAGGAAGUACGAAGAACUCAUUCAUCCGACGAUGGAGUCAUCAAUCUUUAGCAACCUAGAUAGGAAAGAUAAGGUGUUGGAUUCGUGGAAGUCGUUGAGUGUGUUCUAUGAGUCGUUUGUUAGGACAGCAAGCUCGAUAUGGCUGCUUCACAUGCUGGCGUAUUCGUUUAAGCCCGUGGUAGAGAUAUUUCAGAUGGAGAGAGGGGUGGAGUUCUCGAUGGUAUACAUGGAGGAUGUCUUGGGUAGGUGUGGUUUGCCGCCCGGGAAGAGUAGGCCGCGUGUAGGGUUCACGGUUGUGCCCGGUUUCAAGGUGGGGAGAACUGUUGUCCAGUCACAAGUUUAUCUCUCUGAUUUGAAACAUGUUGAGUAG